AUGACACAGCCAGAGCCAGCAUCCAGCCCUCUGCUUGACGUUCAGAUCGCAACUCGCCACAGCAUCUACGUUAGCAGCGAGACCACAGCUGAAUUGAUUGUCGACGCCGGCUUGUCGUAUUACCACGGCACCGCUUAUUCUGCUCCUGCAUCGGCUGCAGGCGGUGCGUCUGACAGCCUUCGUUUCACUGCCACGGUUGAGGGCAAUGUACUCGUCACCGGAGAGGUGCCCGUCAACUCAACGGACAGCCUUUAUCAGAUCGACCUGUCCGGGCUCACUCCAAGCACGUCAGCAUCAUACUCAGUCACUCUCACUGGCACUACGUCUAGCGGAGCCAACAUCACGGCGCGAACCGAGCUCUUCUACCUCCCGGAGAAGACGACCGGGAGCGUCGUGAAGGUCGACAGGCUCUAUGGCUCGCUUCUGUACCGAAACGACGCCACAGGCGGAGUGUUCAAGCCUGUCUUCCCCUACGGGUACUACGGCAGCUACAGCGGGUACUUCAACGACACCACACACCUCGCGGCGUUCGAUGCGGCAGGGUUCAACGCCGUCAACCCGGUGGCGGACUUUGCCGACACCAACAUGACGGACAGCAUCGACGAGAUGGACCGGGUCAACCUGCUUUUCCAGUACGACAUGCGCAACUCGUUCCAGAACUUGACGUCGGUCGCAGAGCAGAUCCCGCUGGUCAGAGACCACGCAUCGCUGCUGACCUACUACACGGCCGACGAGCCGGACGGCUGGGGGUACACAUUCGAGUCGUCGGUGGACGCCUACAACCUUCUAGCCUCGCUGGAUAAGUACCACCCAACGGCGCUCGUCCUCAACUGCCAGAACCACUUCUUCGAGGAGUACACGGUGGGGGCCGACAUCAUAAUGGAAGACGCCUACCCGGUGGGUAUCAACGCGACCUUCGCAGACAAGUGGGGCACGCCCUGCAACCUGACCUACGGCGACUGCGGGUGCGACAACUGCGUCGGCAGCCUCCUGGACGUACCCGCGCGCGUAGACGACUUCCACAAGUACGCCGAGUGGAUCGGCGGCUCCGUGGCGACGCGCAAGCCCGUCUGGGCGGUCCCGCAGGCCUUCUCGGGCGAGGGCUACUGGGCGCGCGACCCGACGCCCGAGGAGACGUUCGUCAUGGACCUGCUGGCCUUCAACCACGGCGCCAUGGCCCGCCUGGCGUGGAUAUACCCGCCCUCGGACAUACUGUCCAACGCGACGGCGAGGCUGGCCAAGGUCGUCACGGCCGAGCCGGUGGUGGGCUUCCUAACAGGCGCAAACCCCGUGCUGGUGCAGGAUGGACGGGCCGGCGCGGGGGCUCUGGAUGUGGCUUACUGGGUGACGGACGGUGGCACCAAGGGGGUUCUGGUCGGCGUUGUCAACCCGGACAACUCGUCUUCUGCAGCUUCCGUCCAGAUUAGUCUGCCGGAGGGGCUCGACGUGUCCAAGGUUGCAUCGCAGCCGUGGGGGAGCGUGAACUGGAGCCUUCAGGGGUCGACUCUGGUGGCCGACGGAGGUCUGAAGGCACUUGAUACCAGUUACGUGAUACUUCAGUAG